AUGGCGAAGUUGAGCGCCGGAAAAACGAAUGUUUUAACGGCGUCCAAUCUCUGCCACGCGGCGAGCAUCGAGGUAGGGAGGCGGCUACUCACGCGGAUAGCUUCGUCCACGGUCGCCCGGUCCGGUAGCACCGAGAACCCCACUGGCUGCCCGAGGAAGGUCUCUCCACCAUGGGUUGCUUUCCUGCUGUCCGCCUUCCUGGCAGUGUACUGCGAAGCGUACCCGAAAUCAUCGACGUCAUCGCCAACCGAUGCCACUGCCGUCGGAAAAGGCAGGGGGCUCUCGCAUCGUAAUCCGGUGCGCCGGUACCGCCAUGGUCGCCGUCUGGACUCGGGCCCAACGCCGCUGCGUCGCCGUGCAAGCGUUGGCUCAAGCGCUAGCACUCCCGUGGUAGCAGACUACGAUGUCGACGGUGCCGAUUACCCGCCCUACUACAACUACUGGCCACCAGCCACGGACAAGCGUAAGGGCAAAGUGGGUGGUGGUCACCAUCCUCACCGCCACCAUCACAGGCAGGAUAGGCGACGCUACGACGAAUUUGAAGGCGACUACUAUUACGACCACUACGUGGACAAGCACGACUACAAGAACGAGUACGACAUCGUGUUUCCCCUGCUCAUCCUUAUCAUGGCACCUCUGGCGGUGUCCGCCUUCCUGCUCCCCAUCAUCGCUUCGAUGAUGACCAACACUUUCUUCCUCCUUAACGGGGCGACGUCGGCUGCCAUCCAAGGACGUCGCAGGCGGAGUGUGGGACAACUGGCACCGACGGCCGAUGAACUGAUUGGGCUGGAAGAAGCUCUGUCAAAGGCAAUCGAGAAGUAUGGUGGAUUCAAAGUGAUUCAUGAGAAGACAGGUGCGAUUCAAGGGUCGAUAAACCGUCGAGCAGUGACGACUUGAAGAAAAGAGGUGAUUUUAGGAGUGGACUUGUCGAGGCGUGUUGUGCACCAGAAACCGAGAAAGUGCAAACUUUGGCGAGCACGCCUGAGGCAGCUUGCCAUGUCACAGA